GGCGGCAGCAGCUACAUAUCAUUGGGGCAGUUUAUGAUGGCUCCUGCUUGGUGGACCAGGGCUGCUGAGGAGAGGUGUUCUGAAAAAUGGCCUGGGAUGGUGGCCAAAAAGCUGAAAGUCAAGCCUAGGGAUCUGGGACCUAUCAGCCAGGAUGGGGACUCCUGACAGCCUUCUGCAGAGGGUACCCAGAGACAUGUACACUUCCCAAACCUCAGAAACACGGAAUUCGGGCAUCUGAGACAGCAAAAAGACCAGUGAGAGUCGCUUGUAAGAAAUCCUCUGAGGAAUCAGCUUGCACUCAGGGAUGGCAUUCCCUACACCAGGGCGGAGCUGAGCUCCAGAUGUCGGGGCGUACGCAGCUGGAGGAUCACGUGGCAUGGCCUCAGCCCCCUUCCUGCCAACGCUGCAUUUGGCUCAAGCCCGGGUCAUGGCCGCCCUUGGGACCCUGAGCUGACAGUUGGAGGGCUCCCUGCCUUCAGGCGCUGGCUGCGUCUUUCCUCUUUACACCCCCGUGGCCAAGCGUGAGUGCUGGGGUCCUAAGGACCAAGAUCAGCCGCGGCGGGGAGGGAGAGAAGAAGAAGGGAUUCAGCUUUGGUGCACCGGGUCGGGGAUCGAGGCCAGCGUCUCCCUGCCUAGCCUUGGAUACCCUUCCUGGGCCGGGUCCGAGGUUGGAAGCUGAAAUUCUUGUCCCUUAGGCUGCUGCCGUGCGUCAGGGCCCCCGGGCGGAGGUCGAUAGAGCAGAUGAAGAAAGGAUAGCGGACCCCGGGAAGGGCGGGGCUGGACAUGAGGAGGAGGCGGCUGCGCCUUUGCCGGGACGCGUGGCUCACGCUGCUGCUCAGCGCCGCCCUCGGUCUCCUGCUUUACGCGCAGCGGGACGGGGCAGCCCCCACGACCAGAGCACCACCAGCGCGAGGACUGCCCCCGCGGCCCACUUCUGGUCUCCGAGCACGCGGGCUCCCCAACACUGCCCGCGCGGCGGCCCCGCUGGCCUACGAGGACGACACCCCGGUGCCCCCAACACCAACGGGCCCCUUUGACUUUGGCAGGUAUCUGCGCGACAAGGAUCAACGGCGCUUCCCGCUACUCAUUAACCAGCCGCGCAAAUGCCGCAGUGACAGCGCUUCUGGGGGCCCGCCCGACCUGCUCAUUGCGGUCAAGUCUGUGGCCGCGGACUUCGAGCGGCGGGAAGCCGUACGUCAGACUUGGGGCGCCGAGGGCCGUGUGCAGGGGGCACUCGUGCGCCGAGUGUUCUUGCUGGGCGUGCCCAGGGGCCCCGGCUCCGGCAGGGCGGGCACGCAGACGCACUGGCGCACCCUGCUGGAAGCUGAGAGCCGUGCUUAUGCAGACAUUCUGCUCUGGGCUUUCGAAGACACCUUCUUCAAUCUAACGCUCAAGGAGAUUCACUUUUUAGCUUGGGCCUCGGCUUUCUGUCCAGAUGUACGCUUUGUUUUUAAGGGCGAUGCCGAUGUGUUCGUGCACGUGAGGAACCUGCUGCAGUUCCUGGAGCCGCGGGAUCCGGCACAGGACUUUCUUGCCGGUGAUGUGAUUGUACAGGCAAGGCCAAUCCGCAAGAGAGCCAGCAAGUAUUUCAUUCCCGAGGCUGUGUAUGGACUGCCGGCAUACCCAGCCUAUGCCGGAGGCGGCGGCUUUGUUCUUUCCGGAGCCACGCUCCGCCGCCUAGCAGACGCCUGCUCACAGGUUGAGCUCUUUCCCAUAGACGAUGUCUUUCUGGGCAUGUGUUUGCAGCGCCUGCGGCUCACACCUGAGCCUCAUCCAGCGUUUCGCACCUUUGGCAUAGCCCAGCCUUCAGCUGCACCGCAUCUCCGCACCUUUGACCCCUGUUUCUAUCGAGAACUGGUGGUAGUGCAUGGGCUAUCUGCAGCUGACAUCUGGCUUAUGUGGCGCUUGCUGCAUGGGCCUCAGGGACCUGUCUGCGCACAUCCACAGCCUGUAGCAACAGGUCCGUUCCAAUGGGGCUCUUAACUACCUAUUACAGUAUCAAGCCUUUCACUCAGUUCCUGAAGGUAACAUUAAAGAGCCGGAAAAGGUGUCCCAUGUGGGUUAGUGGUGUACAUACAUGGCUUUUCUCCAGAUCACUGAGUGUGCAGCACUGACUCAUUGAGAAAGCCAGGACCAAGGUGUCUUGACCAGCAGACCCAGAGAAGCCGGCACAUUUGAUGAUACCAGUAGCCAACAGCAUCACUGUGUGUACCAGUGAGGAUUUGGUUGAGGUGCUUAGGAUGAUACAAACACAUGCUGGUAUCCCCAUGGCCAGGCCUCACAGCCCUCACGGACCUGGCAGGCACUUUAGUUAUUUGCUUCCUUCGUUCUCCACAUUUGGAUUCCUGGUGGCCAUAUCUUAUCUGUCUCCUUUGAGGUCUGCUGUGUUGGAGCUAACCCUUUAGGCCCACGUUUGCCUGUAACACGAGGGGUGGGGCCAGGAUGUGUCAUGGUCUUGUCCACUCUCUGCACACACAACUAUGUCACUGUACCCGUCCCCUCGCCAGAAGGGGUCCUAAGAUUCCUCUACUAUAAGACUUCUCAUAUGUCAACCACAGCUUCAAGAAAAACAACAGUUCACAUUUUAGUACAAACACCUCAGGCAGCAGCACAUGGCAAGCUGUCACUGAGGGCAUAGGUGCUUUAUUGGAAAGGGGAUGAGGGAGUUUCCUCUGUUCAAGAGGAUGGGAACAGUCCUGGCUACCCUGACAGUGGGAUGUGCAGGGUCUCUGGCCAGACCAAGGUCCAAAUGGGAAGACACCUGUCAAUCAGAGUCAUGGGAGUGCCACACAGGCCUGGCUGUAGGCCCAGGAACCAUACAGACAGCUGGGGCAGGUCCCCUGCACAUUCAUUAUGAACUAUACAAGAUGAGGCUGUACAUGAGUUAAUUACAAAAGUCAUUAUUUACAAAAAUCUGUACACACAUUUGAAAAACUCACAAAAUUGUCAUCUAUGUAUCACAAGUUGCUAGACCAAAAUAUUAAAAAUGGGAUAAAAUUA